AUGGACGUCACGGGAAUCUACGCGAGCAUUUUUGAGGACGAACGUUCGCGGAAGCCCCCCGUGUCCCCCCGAUCCCCGCGCGGCGGCUUCCGCUCGGCGGCGUCUGCCGCCCAACGCGGGGAUAGGGGCCGGUUCGCCCCGCCCUCCCCCAAAACUUCCCCCAGAAGCCCCCGCAGCCCUCGUUUCCGCCCAUCCGCCCCUUCCGCCGCUUCCGCUGGCGACAAGCGGCAGCCUCUUGCGACGCCAUGCGACAGCGAGCUUGAGACGGUCGACUCGGACGAGGAAUUUGUUCAAAUGCUGCGCGACGUCGCAGCCACUCAAAACGGCGCAGCAGCAGCAGCCGCCGCUGCUGCACCUGCUGCUGCUGCUGCUGCUCCUGUUGCUGCUGCAGCAUUAGAGCGUUCGGCAAGCAUGCAUUCACCCUCCAUACUCAUCAAAGGGCGCCCUUCAGCAGUUUCCUCCUCACCCUCCCUCCUUCCAUCCCUCACUCCCUCACACUCUCCCUCACACUCACCCACACUCUCCCCAACCAUCUCCCCAUCUCAAUCCAUCGUCUCUCUGUCCCAGUCACAACCACAUGGCAUCUCUCCCUCACACUCCGUUGCUUCUCCCUCACAAUCCGUCGCCUCCCGCUCUCACUCACUCUCCCCAUCACAUUCCAUUGCAUCCCCAUCACAAUCACACGCACUCUCCCCCUCACAAUCCGCCGCCUCAUCCCCACGCGAACCUGCAUAUUCCUCCUCCUCUUUCCCCCCUUCCCCACGCGGACGCGCGUUUCCCCCUGGUCUCCCCACUUCCCCGCGGGGACGCGCGCUCCCCCCCGCGUUCCCCCCUUCCCCACGCGGAACUGCCCCCAUCCCCCAUGCCUUCAGCAGCACCGCAUCCUCCCCCCGCGCCAGUGCCCCCCGCGUUGCCCCCUCCUCCCCCCGCGGCAGUGCCCCUCCCGCUGUCCCCUCCUCUCCCCGCGCAAAUGCUCCCCGCACUGCCCCCUCCUCCCCCCGCGCCAGCGCCUCCCGCGCUGCCCCUUCCUCCCCCCGCGGAGCUGCAUAUCCCCCCACUGUUGCUUACCCCCCUUCCCCCCGCGGAAUCUCUUUCCGCCAGACGCCGCCUGCAUUUCUGCCUGAUGCGAGUCGUGCCGCUGUUGCUGCCGCUGCUGCUGCUCCUCCUGCUGCUGCGGCUGCUACUCCUGCUGCUGACAAGCCAGCUCCAUACACGUUAAGAACAAACUCGUCUGCGUUAGUAGACCCACCAGCCUUGUGUCUCCUCCCAGUCACCACCCUCCACCUCUUGUCACCCCUCCCAAUCGCUGCCUCCACUCAAGAAAUCCUCAUCUCAUGA